AUCCACCCGCGCCACCCGGAAGCCGCGGCUCAUACUAACAGUUAUUGCUGGUGGCUCUAAGGUAAACGCCGUACUCGUGUACCGGAGCCCAUCAUGGCGACGCCCCCGAAACGGCGAGCCUUGGAUACGGUGGGGGAGAAAGUGCUGCGGUAUGAGACCUUUAUCAGUGACGUACUGCAGCGAGACUUGCAAAAAGUGCUGGAUCAUCGAGACAAGGUAUAUGAGCAGCUGUCUGUAUAUCUACAACUAAGAAAUGUCAUUGAGCGACUCCAGGAAACUAAUCACUCGGAGUUAUAUAUGCAGGUGGAUUUGGGCUGUAACUUCUUCGUUGACACAGUGGUCCCAGAUACUUCACGCAUCUAUGUGGCCCUGGGAUAUGGUUUUUUCCUGGAACUGACACUGGCUGAAGCACUCAAGUUCAUUGACCGAAAGAGUUCUCUCCUCACAGAGCUCAGCGACACCCUCACCAAGGACUCCAUGAAUAUCAAGGCCCAUAUCCACAUGAUGCUAGAGGGACUUAGAGAACUACAAGGCCUGCAGAAUUUCCCAGAGCCAUCUCCCCAUUGACUGCAUCUUCCCAGCCUCCAAUAUUAAAGCGCCUGAAUGCCUUGGAAUCA